AUGCAAGUUUACAUCAUUCAAAUGAUCCUAGCUUCAAUAUAUUUUCUGAUAAUCUUUAUGAUAUCAUUUUAUUUGAUUGGGAUGAAUGUUGGAACUGAUCCUAAUCAUCCGGGUGCCUUGGAUUUGUUGAUUGCCAUUGCUCAAUUAGUAUUAUAUGUACCGUUUUCUAUAUGGAAUUGCCUCCUAACUUAUUUACAGUAUGCGUAUUUGAGAGAUAAACAGUUGUAUCUCGAGAGAAAAACGAUGUCAAUGGAGGGGCUAAGGAUUGAAGGGAUUGAU